GAAAAUCAUUGGAUAGAAAUACUCUUCAAAUGGCAAAGAAUGCAAUGCAACGCUUUUUGAACACACCGACUGUGUUUUUGCGCAAAAUAGUAUGCAGCAUCAUCUAGAAAUGUGUGCAACAAAAGUUCAACAUUCACCUUCUGCUACCAUUUCUGUCAACCCAUUUACGCAUAAGGUUUGACGCAUACGUUCGAUAAAUCCAAGGUAUGCACCACACAGAACGCACUGCAACUGUCUCCGCAACGCAAUGCUGCAAGGUAGACGCAGUGUUCUAUUGGAAAUUAAUGUAUUUAUUGUGUACCAAAAAGCCAAACACAAUCGGUGUGUCCGUUGCAUGACAAUUUGGGCGGUGCUGUUGGUGGCCGUCGCAAAAAACGUUGAACUGACACGAGGGUAUGACAGAUUUGAAAAGAUGGCGGAGGCGGACGAUGAAGUGGAUUGUGAAUCUAAUGGCGGUAGAAUCAAGGAGGAUUGGAAUAUUGUUCAAAUGAAUGGAAAAAGGAGCAAAGUAGGGUACAGUAUGGAGAAUGUCCCUUUAUAUAUUGUCGGAGUAAGGUUUGUUCACCUCUACAGGAUCGGUGUCCCAUACGGGACAGUUGUUGCUCAAUAUGCAAUAUAUGACUAGAAUGGUGUUGUAAGCAACAGCCAACUUUCCGGGACAUAGACAUGUCUUGUAUGGGCAGAAAGCUUACAAUCUUGUUAAUCUAACUGCAGUGUCCAAUUUACAAAAGCUAUUACAGUGAAGAAAAACCAUGCUAUUGUUUGAGGGUAAUGCACAACAACAAAACACUUAUCACGGCAACUGGUUUGGUACAUUCACCUCUGAAGGUAAAUAAUGUACUUACAUUCAGUAAUCUUAAUCUGAUUUGUCAUCCUGAGGGUCCCAGAGAUAAAAAUGUAGUGUAGUUUUGUUUGAAAAAUCAAUUUUUAUAUUCAAAUGUAGGAACUGGGUUCUACAGUUUGACCUCUGACACCACACAGUGGGGUUCUAUUUUCUCAUAAUUGGAUCCGUAUGUGAUGAAUAGCUUAGAAGGAAUGCAUUAAUGAUAAGCAUAGAAGGUUUGUACUAUACUGAUAUAAAUUGUUUCACAUAACAAGCUGUGAUUCAUGAAAGGAACGUUAGGGGGUAGAACAGAUAAGACUUGUAUUUCUUACAGAUACGAACACUGCCUCUUUGUUGUCUGUGAACCGUUGUCUGUGAACCGUCCUUGAACGUAGGUACUCACAGUACAGUGGAAUGGUGUUUUUUUGGGUGCUGACUCUACAGGUUGUUAUGAUAAAAACUUAAGCCUGGCAACAGUGUGCAACAAGUGGAGCGCCAAGGGACUGGGACCAGCCGGUGCGCCAACGGAUUGGCUGAGUAAGUCUAAACCACGCUCAGUCUCUACUCUGAUUGGCCAGCAGGGAGUGGGAAAUAUCUCUGUCAGAGUAUUUGAAGAAGAAUCUGUAACAAUGGAUUAGUUCUCUGUCUGCCCUGCGUGGUAUUUCAGUGGACCCGUAUAUACGAACAUCAUAUUUACCAUUGAAGGUUUUGCAUGAAUUAAAAUACUAGUCUAUUUUAGAAGACGUUGUAUUGACCUCUUUUGUUCCUAAUACCAGAUUUGAAUUGACGCAACUUAACAACACCCACCCUGUUCGGCCAUCUAGAUGUGUGAAGGUUAGUGUCUUUUCUGUAGGGAAGCUAAUGAGCCAUAAUUUAUGACAUUCCUGGGAGUGUGCAAACUUAAAUGUUGUAUUACCAUAGCAUUUUUGUAUGUUCUCUAUAGUUAUGUACUUGUAAACCAAUUCGGCACAUUUGGGAAAACUCCUGGCAGACUUGAUACAAAAUAUUGUGUAGUGAUGUAAUUCUUCUCUGGAUCAUUCUGAAACUUUGCACACAAACUGCUUCCAUCUGGUGGACAACAUCUAAAUUACAUCUAGAAUCGUACAUCACUGUCUGGCCUUUUCAAAGAUGAUGCAAAAAAUAAAUAAAUAAAAAACACGUUUUUUGUUUCUAUCAUCUUUUACUUCAUCUAAUGUGUUAUAUUCUCCUACGUUAAUUUCAAAUUUCCACAAACUUCAAAGUGUUUCCUUCAAAUGAUAUCAAGAAUAUGCAUAUCCUUGCUUCAGGUCCUGAGCUACAGGCAGUUAGAUUUGGGUAUGUCAUUUUAGGCUAAAAUUAUUCCUGGAGUGAUUGAUGCACGUCGGAUGACUCGAGAGGUGAAUGAUGAAAAAGUGAAGAGUUUAUCUGUUCUUUUGUUUUUUUAUAUGGAGUCUCUCCCUACUCAAGUGCAGUUGGGGUAUAUAAACUACAAAGUCAGAGCAUUUAUCCCAAGACCAAUUCAGUGUGAUCACUGUAAAGCUUUUGGUCAUGUGUCAAGGGUUUGCAGAAGGGAGAAACCAAGAUGUCCAAGUUGUGGAAAAUAUCAUUUAAUGUGUUACAAAAGUGAUAAAAAAGUUAAAUGUUGUAAUUGUGGUGGGAACCAUGAAGCCACGUCUUUUGAAUGCCCGACAAGGGUGAAAGAAAAUGAGGUGGCCAAAGUUCGGGUUGUACAGAGCAUUUCCUAUGCAGCAGCGGUUAAAAGGGUUGAGGGUUUGAAUGGUGCUCCUGAAGAGUCCAUUGUGGUGGAUAGGCCUUCAAUGCACGCUGCAGGGGUUGCCUUUCACCAAGAUGAUCCUGACAUUUUAAAGGUUAAAAAGGUGAACUUUGUGGCCUUUAUCGCAAUGGUGAUUAAUGGCACUGCCAAGGUGGAGAAAAGAUCUAGGAAGAUUGAAAUCAUUGUGGUUGCGGCGGAACGGUUCCUGGGGCUGAAAGAUUUCUCGGCAAAAGAGUUACAUGGAAUAUUGGCAAAAGCCGUAUCACCAUCUCAGGCCCUAGAGACUGAGAAGGGAGAUAUGGAGAACAAAAAAAAAGGAAGACAUUUGAGUUUUGUUUGUUUUGGCAAUGUACUAUUUUCAUUAGGGUGGAGUAAGUUAGUAUCACUAUUAAGUAUGGAUUUUGGUGGCAGCAACUGGACGGUUUGAAACCACAAAAUAUAUAUAAAACAAAAAAACAAAACAAAAUCCAUACUUAAUAGUGAUACUAACUUACUCCACCCUAAUGAAAAUAGUACAUUGCCAAAACAAACAAAACUCCCAUUUCUUCCUUCUUUUAGUUCUCCAUAUCUCCCUUCUCAGUCUCUAGGGCUUGAGAUGGUGAUACGGCUUUUGCCAAUAUUCCAUGUAACAAAAGAAAAUCCUGUAGCUCAGUUGGUAGAGCAUGGCGCUUGCAACGCCAGGGUUGUGGGUUCGUUUCCCACGGGGGACAGUAUGAAAAUGUAUGCACUCACUAACUGUAAGUCGCUCUAGAUAAGAGCGUCUGCUAAAUGACUAUGAAAAAAAAAAAAAGUACUCCGCCAUAAAACCCACAGAAGAAGAAGAGGAAGCAGAAGCAGCAGCAACUCAUCAGACAUUUGUGAAGGAGCUUUCCAUCGACAUUUACUUUUAAAAAUAGGGAUAUAGCUUAAGAAAACGGCUGUAGUUUAAUUAACAAGAUGUAUAGACCUAAUUUGAUGGUUUUUGUUUUAUAUUUUUCACUAGAAUGUAUUUGCCAGAGCCAAAGCGGUAAGUACUCGACUAUCAAAAGUGAAAGUAAAAGUUUACAUCCAGGCUUGCCAAAAAAAUAAUACAAAAUAAUACUUUUAAAAUCGCUUACUAUAUAAACUGCUGCGGCCUAUUAGCAUAAUAGUCUACUUGUUUUAAUUGCAUUAUAGCAUUUGUAGUGGACCUUUAUGCGCGUUUCUCCAUCCAUUGUAUCGAUUACCGGAAAGCUAUUGCGCACUUACAGGCCAGCACAAGAACAAGAACACACAUAUUUUUACUUUGCUUGGAAUAACCAGGCAUAGCGUCAUCUACUUAUUUUUUAUUAUCACAAAGUAAAACAAGUGCAAAGAAGAUUUAAUAUGUUUGUAAUGUGUUUGCAAUUUUACAGUAGCCUAUAUACUGAUAAUGACUUCUGCAAUUUUAUACACAUUUGUUUAUUUGUUUAGCAGCAGCUACUCUUCCUGGGGCCCACAAACAAAACACAAGUCAUAACAAGUAACAAAACACUUAUACACUCACUGAUAGACAAGGACAGUCACACAAAUUUAAAAUACGAUAUACAAACAAUACAACAAAAAAACAAUACAUGUACAAAGGAAAGACAUAUGAUUUAUAUUCUUUAUGGUAGUGAAUCUGGGGGAUAGCCCCAACCGGUACUCAAACCUGGAUCAAGCGACUGUCAAGCCAACACCUUAAUCGUUUCACCAAGAGGUCCGAAGUUCUUGAUGAGGUCGGUAGGUGUUGGGUUAAGGUCACUACAUUACCACCUUAAUUCAGGCGAGCGUGUCCCCACACUUCUCUUUACCAAGUCCCUCUCCGAUGACCUCACGGGCCACAUCCCAUUUCUGACACCAAUGUAGCAAAUUCACAGGGUAGCCCGGACCGGGACUCAAACCCAGUUCCAGCGACUGUCAAGCCAACACCUUAAUCAUUAUAUCAAGAGUUCCAAAGCUCUUCAUGAGGUCGGUAGGUGUUGGGUUAAAGGGAUAGUUCAGGAUUUUGUCAAUUAAUCCCUUUAUCUACUACCCCAGAGUCAGAUGAACUCGUGGAUACUAUUUUUAGCUAUCUGCGUCCAGUAUGAAGGAAGUUAGAGGUACUUUUGAGAGCCAACGCUAACUAGCUGUACCCAUAGACUGUUAGUCAUUGCGCUAAUGCUAGUUAGAGGUAAAUUCACAAGCCAAUGCUAACUUCCUUCAUACUGGACAGAGAGACAUAAAAAUGGUAUCCAUGAGUUCAUCUGACUCUGUGGAAUUAGAUAAAGGGCCUCAUUGCCAAAAUCCCAAAGUAUCCUUUUUAAUAUAUUAAUAUGAAAUAGGUUGAUUUAUAAGUUGCAGAAUGUGUCCCACUUCUCACUAAUGCACUAGUGUGGGCUUAUUUGUUAUUGAUAUGUUACCUACCAUUUAGACAACAUCAUGCAAGGUCUCUUUGACACUAUUAAUUGACUACAUUAUUUUGUUGGCCGUUACAGACCUACAGUAUUAUAGAGAUAAAUAUUUGACAUACAGUAAUUUCCUGUUCAUGUUUUACAGCGUUGUCUGAGUAACAUGGAGAGAAGGCAAAUUCCGAUAAAUUAUCUUAAUGUAAAAAGUUUUCCCCUACAGCCAUCUACUCCCUGAAUUACAUCUACACUGCCCUGUCAAAGACAGUAGAAUUGCCUGGUAUCCAUGAGUUCACUGCCAUGGGCCUGAUGAAUAACAGAUCGAUUGACUACUAUGACAGUGUGGCAAAGAAGAAGAUUCCCAAACAGGACUGGAUGAGGGAGAAGCUGCCUGCAGACUACUGGGAAAAAGGCACUCAGUCACGCAAGAGCAAGGAGCAGUGGUUCAAAGUCAACGUCGAAAUCUUGAUGAAGCGCAUGAUGCAUAACAGCACUGGUGAGGGACCACACCUGAAAUGUGUCCUACGCUCACCGUUAAUCUUUUAAAAUUGUGGGUCAUUAGUUAUCUAUGUAUAUUGCCAUAGAGGCAUCAUUUACCUCAUUUUUCAUUGUUUAUUUUUUGUUUCAGAUGUCCAUAUCCUUCAGUGGAAGCAUGGCUGUGAGAUUGACCAACAGCCAGACGGCACAUUGAAAUUCAUGAAGGGCAUUGACCAAUACAGCUACGAUGGUGACGACUUCCUGGCCUUCGAUGAUGCCACUAUGCAGUGGGUGGCCCCAGUUGUUCAAGCUCUGCCGACUAAGAGGAAGUGGGACGGGGUGCAGAUCCUCAACCAGUACACCAAGGGCUACCUGGAGAAGGAGUGUGUGGACUGGCUGUCUAAAUUCAUGGAAUAUGAGGAGAAAGAAUUCAGUAGUGCUGAUUGUGAGUACUUAUGAACCUUAAAUAGUAUAGCCUAACAAAUGGUUAACAAAAAACGACCAUUUGUAAAUGUGAGAUCAGAAAUAAUAUUAAUGUUCUCCAUUUAUUCCAUCUUUAGCCCCUCCAAAGGUAUAUGCAUUUGCUAAAAAGGCCCAAAUUGCAGGACAUGUCCGACUGACCUGCAUGGCCACAGGUUUCUAUCCCAAAGAUGUGGUUAUGCAUAUUAAGAAGAAUGGUGUUCCAUUGACCAAACAUGAUGGAGUGCUGUCUACAGGAGUCCUACCCAAUGAUGAUGACACCUACCAGAUCAGGAUGAGUGUGCAGAUCCCAGAGGCAGAUAAGGAAACUUAUGAAUGCUAUGUCAACCAUGACGCUUUGAAGGAGCCAAUUGUGGAAAAAUGGGGUAAAGUAUGGUUCAUUUGGUUUAAUGUUAUUGACACGGGAAACAAUCAUAAAUUGCACUAAACAGCAUACUAACAACAGCUUUGCAAGUGAAGCAGGAACGAAACUGAAAUUAGCUUCUGGUUACAUAUUGUUGCUUUUUAUAAAAACUAUGCCUUUUGUUUUGCAGAUGGAAAAUGUUGUGACUGUGGAAGUGUUGUUGGUGGAGUCAUUGCGGCAGUCAUUGUCAUUAUUGGAGUUCUGAUCUUGGUGGUCCUGAUUGUUCUGCACAGAAGAGGGAAAAUUGGUAGGUCUUGAUUUAUAUCAAUGAAACGUUUUUUACUUUUUUUUAUUUUUAAUUUAAUUUUCCCAUCAUAGUGAUUCCUGGCUUGAGAACUACA